UGUGAGUUCAUUGAGUAUGUCCAGAUCAGCCGCUUAAGCAACACGUGUUUACUUAGAUGUUACUUUUGCUCCAAAAUAAUUUAUUUACUUAGAUUUAGUACACAAAAUCAUUAUUUACAUUCUUUUUUAAAGAAAUCAGUGUUUUAAUAUUUACAUUUACAAGAAAAUUUAAGUAAUACUUAAUUAAUUAAGUUAAGAUAAUAGUGAUGAAGUAACAUCACCAAAUUUCAACUUAGAAAAAAAAUCCCAAAAAUAUCUUAUACUUAUUUUUAAUUCUGUUCGUCCAAAAAUAGAAAAGGGGAAAAUGUCUAUAAAAGACAGAGACAAUAUGCAAGAAUUAGAAUCAAUAAAUUUAAGUGGCAGUAUAAUUCAAUUCGAUAAAGAUGAUACAACAAAUAAAGUACAGAUGAAAAAACAACUUGGAUUACUAGAAGGUGUUGCUAUUAUUUUGGGCAUUAUUCUUGGAUCAGGAAUAUUUAUAUCACCAAAGGAAGUUAUAGAAGAAGUUGGAAGUGUUGGUCUUUCAUUAAUUAUUUGGGUACUAUGUGGUUUAUUGUCAAUGAUUGGUGCCUUAUGUUACACAGAAUUAGGAACCAGUAUCCCACGAAGUGGUGGAGAUUAUGCCUAUAUUUAUGAAGCUUUUGGUGAUUUGCCAGCAUUUUUGUAUUUAUGGGCAGCUAACAUAAUAUUUGUACCAACAACAAAUGCCAUUAUGGCCUUGACAGUAGCUAAAUACGUUUUGGAACCAUUUUUUCACAAUUGCAUAGUUCCAGCGGAUGCUGAAAAAUUAAUAGCUGCCGUUGUUAUAUGUUUCUUAACUUUUAUCAAUUGCUAUGGCGUUAAAGAGACAACUAAAAUGCAAAAUUUUUUCAUGUUUGCAAAAAUUGCUGCCGUCGCUCUUAUCAUUAUUUCUGGAUUAAUUUGGCUUUUUAUGGGAAAUUACUCAAGCUUUCAAGAACCAUUUAAAAACACAAAUUCUGAUCCGGGAAAAGUAGCAAUUGGAUUUUAUUUAGGAAUAUUCUCUUAUUCUGGCUGGAAUUAUUUAAAUUUUAUGACAGAAGAAUUACGGAAUCCUUAUGUAAAUUUGCCACGUGCUAUUUACAUUUCAUUGCCUUUGGUUACAUUAAUCUACGUAUUAACAAACGUUGCAUAUCUCGCUGUUUUAUCACCAUAUGCAAUGUCACAGUCCAAUGCAAUUGCCGUUACUUUCGGGGAUAAAAUUCUGGGAGUGAUGGCUUGGAUACUCCCGGUAAUGGUGUCUGUAUCGGCUUUUGGUGGCUUGAGUGUUCACAUUAUGACAUCAUCUAGAAUGUGUUUUGUAGGCGCUCGAAAUGGACAUUUUCCAUCAAUGUUGAGUCAUAUUAAUGUCAAUAAAUACACACCAACACCGGCAUUAGUAUUUAUGUGCAUCUUGUCAUUAUUAAUGCUUUCCACUAAUAAAUUGGAUGUUCUUAUCACUUAUUGUACAAUUGUUGAAUCGUUCUUUAUAAUGCUCUCUGUGGCUGGAGUUCUUUGGUUGAGACAUAAACGACCCAAUAUGACUCGACCAAUAAAGGUUCCCCUUUGGAUUCCAAUUGUAUUUGUUAUUAUUUGCGCAUUUUUAGUUAUUGUUCCAUGUUAUGAACGACCAUUUGAAGUUGGCAUGGGUUUAGUUAUUACAUUAACAGGUGUUCCCGCUUAUUUAUUAGGUGUUUGUUGGAAAAAGAAACCAAUAGGUUUUCAAAAAUUCAACAUGAAAUUAACGCAUACAAUACAGAAAUUAUUUAUGUCUGCCCGAGAAGAACAUGACGAUUGAUCUAGUUUACUUGAUUUUAAAUUGUAAAAAAAGUAAAAAGAUUACAGACUGUCUAGACAAUAAGAUAAAAUCUUCAAUUGAAGCUAUAAUUGUCAAAAGUCACAAUUUUUGGAGCGUGACAUAUACGCUUGAUGUACCAAUGAUUUAUUUUUCACCAAUGAUAUUAGAACAUCAACCAAACAAGAAUCUAAUGAAUAGCUGUAAGCAUUUAUAUUUCUACUUAACAUUCUAUAAUUUUUGUUUCUUUCUAUUUAUUUUUCAUUAUUUUUUUGAGGGGAAUUUAUUAAUCUCUUGAGUUUGUAAGCUACGUGUUUAAAAAUAUUAUCUCAAAGAGUUUGAAAUCAAAGAAAAAUUAACCUAAUUCUUAUUUAAUUUCAAAAAAAAAAAAAUUUAAGAAAACUAUAAUGCAACAAAUGAUCUAAUUAUUAAUUCAGGUUUUUAUGAUUUAAUAGUACAAUUAUAAAUUACUUAAACUUACGAAUUACUGUUAGUUAAAGUAAUUAAUGUUCGUUAUAUUGUUUAGUCUUAUAAAUUAUAUAUAAGGUGAAGUCAGUUACCUAAAUUUAUCUAACUACGUAGAUCUGAAUAAAUUUUAUACUGUUUUAUAAAAGCUAAAUGCAAAAACCAUUGCCUAUAAAAAAGUGUUUUCGUCUUAAAAUUUUUUGCAUUGUGUGUGAGAGAAUGAAACAGCCAAAGAAAUGUUUAUAUUAAAUAAUAAUAUAUCUACGAAAAUGGUAUGAGUCUAAAAUUAUCGUUGAAUCAAUGGGUAUUAUGCAUAAGAAAAUUUUUUAAAUCAUUUGUUAUCAAAUACGUUUUUCAUUAAGAGUAGUAAUAAUAAUAAUAAUAUAUAUAUUAUUGAUAAAGAAAUUGAAUUUUCAGCAUCUUUAUUGAAUUAUUAUAAAUAUAUUGCUAUAGUUAAAUAUUAAUUUUAAAAAUAUAUAAUUGCAGUCAAGUGCUUAUUAUAAUACGUGUUAAAUAAUUAUAAUCUAAAGUUAAUUAUAGUAUAUUAUAUUAUAAUUAAAUUUUAAUUACCAUUUAGUUAAUAGGUUAGAAAAUUAUUAUUAUUAUUAAUAAUACUCUUUGAUUAGAAAUUUAACUGAAUAGCCAAAGUAUUAAGGGAUUUUUACUCGAUUGAUUCACUUGAAUCAUUAUAAUGUGCACCAAUUGACAAAAUUAGUUUUAUAUUUCGCAAAAAAAAAAAAAAAAUGCCAAAGUAAAAUACCAUACUCAUAAGAAGAUUUCGAUGAAAGUACUUUUUUCAGUGUCAAUAUUAUAAAAUUUAUACUUUCUAACAAAUAAGUAAAAAUUUAAUAAUAUAUUGUAAUUAAAAAUCUCACGUCUAUCAAUAAAUGAUGUGUCUUAAUA